GGAGCCCAACAUGGGGCUCAAUCCCAGCACCCUGGGAUCAUGACCUAAGCAGAAGGCAGAUGCCUAACCAACUGAGCCACCCAGGUGCCCCAGAGUUACGAUUUUAAAUAUGGUAGUCUAUGAAGAUCUAACUAAGAAAUAAAGCUAUGUGUACAGACCUGAAGGAAAAGAAGGAGCAUCACAAAGAUAUUUUGGGGUAAAAUAUCCCAAGAAGAAAAGCACGUGCAAAGACCCUGUAUAUGUGGUAUUCGUUGACAUUAAGAGAGGAAAGUAUAGUUAGAGUGGCAUAAGCAAAAGGUGAAAAGUAUGGAAGAUGUGAAAGAGGUAGCAGAGGCCAAACCUGAAGGACCUUUUAAACCUUUGUAGGGACUCUGGCUUAUACUGAGAGAUGGGAGCCACUAGAAAGUUUUGAGAAGAGGAAUGAUUUGACUUACAAUUUAAUAGGAUCAUUGUGUUGAGAAUAAACAAAACUGUGUUGAGACUAGGUAGGAGAAAGAAUCUAAAGAGGACACCAGUUAGUAAUAAUCCAAGUAAAAAGAUGAUGGUGGUCACAGCCAGGGUGACAGCAGUAGAGGUGAGAAGUGGUCAGAGUCCAGCUAGAAUUCAAGGUCAAAGCCAGAACUGCUAAAGGAUAGAAAAAUGUAAGAAAAAGAGUCAAAAAGAUACUGAUGCUGAAUCCCCAGUGCCUUAUGUACAUGCAAUAUAUUCCAUGCUUAAUAUAGCACUUAAUAUAUUAAGAUCUAGUAAAUGACAACUGGCAUUUUCCCAGCUAGACUAUAAAUUCCCCUAACACAGCAUCUAUGUCAGAAUUCUAACCUUCCCACCUCGAAUUAAUAGUGACAACAUUUUUGGCUAAAAUUUGAGCACUUAACACGUGUGGGGUAUGCCCAUACUAUGCUAAGUACUUGGCAUGCAUUGAGUCAUUAAAUCUUCACAACAUCCAAGUGAGUGCGGUUUACAGAUGAAGAAAUUGAGACUCACUAGGCGUUACCUGCCCUAAGACACAUAACUGAGAAUCAAAAUGCAGGCAGUUUGAAUCCAAAGUUUGUUUUUUAACCACUCUAGUACCCUCAACUUUUCAAAAAAUGGAGCAAUGACCCACUGUCUUAUUCACUGUUAUCUUGGGCAAGUUACUUUUCUUCUCUGAAAUUUUGUCUUCCUAUCUGUCAAACGUACAUAAUAGUACACAUUCCCCACGCCACCGUGAGACUACAUGCUCUCAUCGUGCACAGUGCCCGCCCAAUAACUAGCAAUGCAGUUAACUUUAUUGAUGCUUGCUGAGUGCCAUGCACUAUUCUAAACUAUGCACGGGGCUCAGCUCACUUAAUACAGCAAUUUAUGCGGCGGAUAACGUGACUAACCUAGUUUACAGAUCAGAAACUGAGGUGCAGAGGGGUUAAGGAACUUGGACUGGGUCACGUUAACGAAUACUUGACAAACUACAAGUUUGCACCAGGAGAAUCUAACUUCAGAAUAUACUCUAAGCUCCCAGAGAGAUGAGUGAUUUCCUUGCUCCUUUUUACUACAAAGGAAGCCACGGUCCAAAGGACGACUUGGCCAAAAGCUCACUCUUAGGCCGUCCGGCUCGGGAGCCGCCGCGAAUCAAAUGAAUGAAGUCAGACCUAGGGUUAACCGCGGCCCCCGGCUGGGCCUCGGGGGCACCCGUAGCUCCGCGCCGCACCGGCACCCACCCCACCUCCAUUCGCCCGCAGUCCACCAGCUCGCCAGCCCUUCGUCACACGCUCGACCCCAAAAGAGCCCGAGCCCGAGCCCGAGCCCAUGCCCCUGACCCUGCCCCAUAGGGGAAGAAGCUCCCGCGUGGCCGACUCCCGAGUGGCGAGCACUAGCCUCCCGCGGGCUACGGCCCACUCGCCAAGGCGUGCCGGCCGCGGGGCCCCGUCGUCGAGACAUGCACAACACCUCACCCGGCGACGCCAUUCCUCCGAGCAGGUCCCACCAGGGCCCGAGCCGGAGGCUGACUUCCGCUCGGGAAAGUGGCUCCAAGAGCGCGCCGGAGGGGACACCAGGGACUCGCGGCAGGCUGCGCGUGCCGGGAUGGGAUCUAGGCACAGGAUCUGUAGUUGGGAAGAAGUAGUGAUCCCCUGUGCUUCUGACAAUGAUUCAGGGAGUGUGGAUUUGCAGCUGAGCAACUUAGAGAAUAUUAAAAAAGAUCCAAGUAGCCUUGAACUUACAGACUCCAACAUCUCUGACAUCGCUGGACUCUCUCAGGAACCACUCACAGAUAGCUUCAGAUGCCUGACCCAAAAGGGCCCCCUCAGUGAGGCCAUUGUUGAGAGGCUGAUCCAAUCUAUCCAGGAGGUUUUUGAUGGUGAGCUGCAGAGUGAACUUGAGAAGCUGACAUUCCUACGAUCUUUGUCUUCUCUCAGCCGAACUUUACCCUAUGAUGACACCACAGAAUCAUUCAUUCACAGCCACAUAGCAGAUAUUGUGUGUAUCCUAAAUAUGCUGGUAGAAGAGGAGCCUGUGCAUUCUCUCCUGAGCUCUGUGCGCCAGGAGGUCUUUGUUACCAUCUCUGACCUCAGCUACCAAGGUGUCCACUUGCUAUUUGGCUCUGAAGAUCGAGCUGAUUUAUUCUGUCUUAUUACAAAAAGUAUAAUCACUCUGCCCUCCGUAACGACUCUUAUCCAGCUGCAGGAAAUCAUGCCAAGUGGGUCCUACAACACAGAGUGUCUCUACAGGCAAACGUUUCAAGCAUUCUCUGAGAUGCUCCAGAGUUUGGUAGUAAAAGACCCACAUUUGGAAAAUCUUGACACCAUUUUUAAGCAAAUGGACCCCUGGUUACAAUCAACCAAAGACCAUGAGCGGGAACGGGCCACAGCCAGCAUGGCUCAAGUUCUAAAGUGCUUAUCCAGACAUCUCAGCCUGAAGCUUCCACUGCGAUUCCAAAGGCUUGGGCACCUGGUGGCUCUGAUGGCACUACUGUGUGGGGACCCAGUGAAGGAGGUAGCAGAGAAGGCUGCAGAGGGCAUGCACUACCUGCUGCGUAUCACCCUAAGGCUGAAGUAUACCAGCUAUGACAAGAAAAAUCACCCAAGCUUGAGAAGAGCAAUGAAAAAGUGUCAAGAACUCCUAGAACUCUACAGUAUUAAACAGUUCUACAGUUGUCCCUUCAAAAUUGCCCAGAUCUUCGAAGUUUUUCUCAAUUCAAAUGAGCUCUGCCAGUUUGUAAUGACUAUAUUGGAUAGCCUGGAAAAUCUGAAACAUCCCUGCACCCAGCAAUCAGCAGGAGAAUUGCUGCUAACAUUGGUGAAAAAUGCAGAGUCCCGAUUUGAGAAGGUGCCAGAAAUUAUGCGAGUUGUCUGUGCCCGGCUAUCCAUAAUCAGCCAGCCUAGAGUCCGACGACAAAUCAUAAAUACUGUGAGUUUGUUUAUCUCCAGGCCCAAGUACACAGAUACAGUGAUCAGCCACCUUCUGUGUCAUCCAGUACCAUAUGACAGGCAUCUGGCUGAGUUGUGGAGAACUCUGGAGGUAGAACUGCCCAGCACCACCUGGAUUCUGUGGAGACUUCUGAGGAAGCUGCAGAAAUGCCAUAAUGCACCCACCCAAGAGAAGAUGGCCUAUGUGGCUGUUGCUGCAACAGACGCCCUUUAUGAGGUGUUUGUGGGAAACAGGCUCCAAGCAGCUACAUUCAGACUCUUUCCUCAGCUUCUCAUGACACUGCUCAUCCAGAUACACCACAGCAUCGGUCUCACCAUGUCUGAUGUCGCCAUCCCAAGUGGCCUGUACACAGAACAGGAAAUGUCUUCAGAGGUCACCCCUUUGUGCUUCGCCAUACAGUCUACAAAGACUCUCCUCCUCAGAACAUUGUGCUGGCAGGAAUUCAACAUCAUGGAAAAGAAUAAAGGAUGGACCCUCCUGGAAGGAAAAGAGUGCCAUCUUCAGGGAGUAUCUCUCCUUGCCAAUGCGUUGCUGGAAAGAAAUCACCUCCUUGCACAUAAAGUCAUGUACUUGUUGGUCCCUCUUCUUAACCGAGGGAAUGAUAAACAUAAACUCACAUCUGCAGGAUUUUUCGUGGAGCUUCUCCAGAGUCCAGUGGCUAGGAGACUGCCCAGCAUAUACUCUGUUGUCCGCUUGAAAGACUGGCUACAUCAUGGAAAUAGUGUCUUCAAAUUUCUUGCCCUAAAGGGACUGCACUAUCUUAUCAAACACCAGGAGAUGCGCUACCAAACAUUCAACAAGCACCAGAGGGAAGGCAUCAGGAGCCUGUUGCCGUGCAUCUUAGACCUCUUACGUGAAACCGACGAGAAGAUUGUUUUGUUGGCCAUCCAGAUACUCUUGCAACUCGUUGGGACAAUGGAUUUCACCACCCUGACAGCCAUGAUGAAGACCCUGCUCUCCCUGUUUGGUGAUGUGAGACCUGAUGUUCAUCGUUUCUCCAUGACCCUCUUUGGAGCCUCCAUAAAGUCUGUGAAAUACAUAGAUAAGAAGAGUGUAGAGAAUCAAGUCCUGGACAGCCUGGUCCCACUACUUCUGUAUUCUCAGGAUGAAAAUGAUGCAGUAGCUGAGGAGAGCAGGCAAGUCCUAACCAUAUGUGCCCAGUUCCUGAAGUGGAAGCUGCCCCAAGAAGUGUACUGCAAAGAUCCCUGGUACAUCAGCCCUCGCGAAGCUGGAGCAGUCUGCAAAUUCUUUGGAAAAAAAUGCCAGGGGAAAGUUAACCUCCUCGCCCAAACAUUGAUGUUCUCCAAGAAGGCAAAGCUUCCUAUCAGAAGAGCAGCAGUCUUAUUUGUAGGACUCUUAUUAAAGUACGUGGAUCACAGUGAGCUCAGGAUGAAGGGCACUGACUGGAUAGAGAACGAUCUGAGAGAUCUGCUGGGUGAUCCUGAGCCCUCUCUGCGCAUCAUCGCCUCUCGGGCUCUCUUCCGAGUGCAAAAGGUGGGGGCUGAACCAGAUCCCAGGCAGUCUGUUUGCGGGCUGAGGAAGCUCAUGAGCUGUCUUCCUACUUAGAAAUGCAAGAGAGAAGCAUCCAUUAAGAAGCAGAGGUCUGGGGCGCCUGGCUGGGCCAGUUGGUGGAACAUGCAGUUCGAUCUCGGAGUCAUGAGUUCAAGCCCAAUGUUGGACAGAGAUUACUUAAAAAAAAGAAGAAGAAGAAGAAGAAGAAGAAGAAGAAGAAGAAGAAGAAGAAGAAGCAGCAGAGGUCUGCUUUUUAAUACCUCAGCAGUUUGGGAAAGGCUGAAGAAGUACUUAACUGAUUACAUUAACAAGUCCUUUAAUUCCGAAUAUCUCCAUUAUUUUCUUACAAGGCUCUCCUCAGACAUAAGUUUGUGUUUUUAUAGAAUUUUUUAAAUAUACACAACAAAAAUUUCUGGACUUAAUUUGUGUUAUAACAUGUUAAAAGUUCAAUAUAAUUGAAUAUGAUUUCAGUUUUA